AAUCAAGAUCUCUUAUAUAUAUUGAAAGCUUUCAGGAUCUCGAGACAUGACUCACAAAAGCACUCGUGCGUACAGGUACUUGGGCACUCUUCACGCCUGCACAGUCUUUCCACAAAAUCACACAUGUUUUGUGCUUCCUGUGUAAGGAAGCGGAAGUCAUAUGAUUCCAUGCCGUCAGAACCACGAACCCACUAACGAAUAUCUGCAGAGUAGGCUAUGGCACCCUUCGCUACAUUCCUCUCUUUAUUUGCUGAAGAUACCAGACAUGUCUGCAUUUGUAAAGGGCCAGCCGCUGGUACAUAUCUGAUAUAAUCUGCAGAACAUGACCUAGCUAGCGUAGCGCUAUGCCAGUGGCUUUCUAUCUAGCUGCUUCCAAGCCUGACCAUGUAGAUGCGCAUGCCCGCCCAUUCAUCACGCCUCCAGACGUGGCAGUAGACAUGCUGACCAUAAUACGGCAUCUAAUUUUUGUAGUCAGGAAAACACGCUUGAAAGGUGGACUUCUCAUGCUUCCCCGCGACGUGCUGCUCCAAGGCUGCCUUGCUCAUGGUGCAGACAAAUGCUGUGCGGCAGAUGCUGCAAAGGUAGCUUUGGGCUGCCGAAUUCUGCUUCAGCUGACUUGUUCCGCCCUUCUUAGCCUUCGCCAUCUUCUCCGCGUUUCUAGCUCUUGAAGUUGCAGACUUUUGUGCGUUCCCCCCGCCCAUGAUUACUUCCUAUUAAGGAUCCAAAGAAAGACUGGCAAGAAAUGUACUAGGCGGAUUCCUCUAUUUUGUUUCUGCAAGUGAUCAUUUAGCAAAUCCCCUCUUAGAAAGCAUUCAGGACCAGGGAAAAAAUUGCGAUUU